AUGGAUGCAAUCAAAGACACUAUUGUUGAAUUAGGGCCAAAAUGCAAAUUAACACCUGAAGAAAGACAAUACAGAUUACAAAAGAAUCUAGAGAAGUAUCCUGAAUACUUGGAUAUUUCAACAAAUAAGUUUCCAAAUAAGGUGGUUACAAUUUAUCACUACAUGGAAUUUGAGAUUAGAAAGGCUAACCUGAAAAGUCCAAUUAUAAAAUGUACGAGUACAGACAAUAAAAUAAUGAUCCAUGACCUAGAAGAAUAUGAGAGGAAUGCUAAGAAAACAACAAAAGAGAAAGUACAUGAGAAAGCAUAUGAAAUAUCUGAUGAAGAUAAGAAGAUAUUGAUGAGAUACAAGAUAUUAAUGGGUGUAUUCUUGACUAGUACAGUAAUACUCAUGCUACUGAUUGGUGGAAUUGCAGUAUUGAAGAAACGAAAGAGUAAGAAAAAGAAAGGAAUGAAAAUACUGUUGGUUGAUGCAGCUGGAAAUGAUGAAGAUGGGACAGAGACAACAUAUAAAGACAUCAAGGUAUGA